GAAAGCAGCGGUCCAUUCCAAUGGAUCAUAAUCAUAUAGCCCCAGUUGUCUCCCAGACGAGCAGUCAAAACUCAAAAGUGCUCCUCCAUGUAUCACUAUACAGGAAUAAAUAAGCACAAUCAUUAUGCUGUGAGUGGAUCAUGACCAUCCACUUGUUCCCGGGCAAAAAGCUUCUGUGUGUUCACCUCGGGGAUCGCCCAGCGCUCAUGCCCAAGAGUGGCGGAUGCACUCAAGCUGAAGCCAUUUCGGAGCCGCUGAUGUAGGCUGAGCUUUAGGAUUAGAGAACGCCAGGCGCCGUCCAUGCCUGAGCCUCAAGCGACAAAAAGAGAGAACGUGCAUGAGAUAAGAUCAAUGAUGACCUCAAAUCAAAAAAAAAAAAAAGCAACAACUACGUUUGCACAAAUAAAUAAUACAAUAGGCCGUAGCACUUUUAACCGAGAGUGCUAUAUUGCCAAUCAAACAAAUGGACUGGAAAGGGUUCGUAUUAAAUUGGGUUAAUCCACGCAAACUUCAUUAUUGACGCUGAGCAAAGUCUAGCAGCGAAAAGAAGAAGACAAUUUCGCCGUUCGACCGCACCGGAGUUUUUAAGUCAUGAGACUUCCUUUUCCACAUACAUUUCUAAACUAAUCAUGGUAAGGAAAUAUACAAACAUGAACAGCGGAUUCCUAGAUGACAGGUGAGAGAAUUAGAAAACAGCCAAUCAUAUGAGGUUAUUGAACUAUACCUGAUAGAAAUGUACUGCAACAUUGGUACCUAAAAUAGGCACAUACCUGAUGAGGAAAGAGCAAGACAAGCAACUGAAGCUUCUCGUGAACAGAUAGAUAGAGUAGUAUACAUGAAAGACAAACCUUAUUAUGGAAUAAUAAUAACAAAAGCCAACGAGCUGACCACCGCUACAUGGAUACUGGUACGUAAGCAAACUAGGAAAUAGAUAGGUAUGCAAACUAGCAUAUCCUGAUCCACUUUAAGCUCCUGGAAACUUUUGCCUUUUCCCCUGAAUUAUUGCCACUUGCAGACCCCUGCCCCUUUUUAUAGCAAACUAGAGGACUGCCAUAAUAACACAAACCUUGAGCAAUCCUCUAUUGCACCACUACCAACAAAGAAACAAUGAAGAGAGCACCUGAAGCACAAGAGCGGAAAUUAGGUAAUCAAGGUGAUGAAGCUGGUCGCGCCGAUGAUAAUACUCCGACGCCAUGGCUAAAGCUGGGGAUUGAUGCAUUGAGAAGUGAAGCAGCUAAGCCUCCAGAGGCCAAAUCUGUGGCCACCCCUCAACGGACGUUCUCCUGCAACUACUGCCUGAGGAAGUUCUUCAGCUCGCAGGCCCUUGGCGGGCACCAGAACGCACACAAGAAGGAAAGGUGUGCAGCUAGGAGAUCGCGAAGCUUUCAGCAACUGAUGCUACGCUUUCCUCCAACUGCUUCCUUCAUCCAACCUAUGAGGGCCAGCCCCCACUCCACAAUUCUGACUGCGCAAGGUGAAAGGGCCGCUGUUGUGGUUGCAAGGUUUCACGACGGCCAAGUGAGAAACAGGAUGCCUUUUGCAGUAGAGGAAGCUACCUAUUUGGUGUGGCCUGGGAGCUUCAAAACAAGUCUUCAGGAGCCCAUGAAGCAGCAAGAGGAAAAUAUUGAUUUGAGCCUGCAUUUGUAAUUUGUAAUCCAUGAUUCCAUGUAUAAACAUUUUCUGCGAAGUCAA